GGCUGCGCGCGCCUGGGGUGGCGCCCGCUGCCGCCCCCACGGCUGCGAGCCCUCCUGACGGCCCGGGGCGCCCCCACGGCGCUGAGCCUGCAUCCCUGGUUGGCCGCCCGACAGCGACGCCUAUCCGGGCCCGGGAUCAGUGGCGCGCUCCGCUCCCCGGCUCCUGGAGGCGCAGGGGACUCGGUGCACUUGGCGCUCGCGGCCCUCGCCUUGGUCCCCACCCGCCGCUGCCCGCGCGCCCACCCUCUCUGCCCGCUGCCCGGAGGCCCUGUUCGCCUCCGCCUGCGGUGCGCCCUUCGGCGCGCGCCAGGCUCGUUCCGGGGGGAGCUAGAGCUAGACCCACCCUUGGGGACACUGUCGUCGCCGACGCCGAUUUUGCCCAAGGCCCGAUCGGGGGGGUCGCGGCGGGCCAGGCGGGGUGCAGGUGGCAGCACCAGCCCCCAGUUCCCGCUGCCCAGCUACCAGGUGUCGGUGCCCGAGAACGAGCCGGCCGGCACCGAGGUCAUCGAACUGCGCGCGCACGACCCGGACGAGGGCGAGGCGGGGCGCCUGAGCUACCAGAUGGAGGCACUAUUCGACGAGCGCUCCAAUGGGUACUUCCUCAUCGACUCGGCCACGGGCACCGUGACCACGGCCCGCGAGCUGGACCGCGAGACCAAGGACACGCAUGUGCUCAAGGUCAGCGCCGUGGACCACGGCUCGCCGCGGCGCUCAGCCGCCACCUACCUCACCGUCACCGUCAGCGACACCAACGACCACAGCCCGGUCUUCGAGCAGUCCGAGUAUCGUGAACGCGUGCGCGAGAACCUCGAGGUGGGCUAUGAGGUGCUGACCAUCCGUGCCACCGACGGCGAUGCGCCCUCCAACGCCAACAUGCGCUACCGCCUGCUGGAGGGUGCCGGGGGUGUCUUUGAGAUAGAUGCGCGCUCAGGGGUGGUGCGAACUCGGGCGGAGGUAGAUCGGGAGGAGGCAGCCGAGUACCAGCUGCUAGUGGAGGCCAAUGACCAGGGCCGCAACCCGGGCCCGCUCAGCGCCACAGCCACUGUGCACAUCGUGGUGGAGGACGAAAACGACAACUACCCUCAGUUCAGCGAGAAACGCUAUGUGGUCCAGGUGCCGGAGGACCUGGCUGUUAACACACCCGUGCUUCGAGUGCAAGCCACCGACCGCGACCAGGGGCAGAACGCGGCCAUACACUACAGCAUUGUGAGCGGGAACCUGAAGGGGCAGUUCUACCUGCACUCCCUGAGCGGGAGCCUGGAUGUGAUCAACCCGCUGGACUUCGAGGCCAUCCGGGAGUACACCCUGCGCAUCAAGGCCCAGGACGGCGGCCGGCCCCCCCUCAUCAACUCCUCCGGGCUGGUGUCCGUGCAGGUGCUGGAUGUGAACGACAAUGCUCCCAUCUUUGUGAGCAGCCCCUUCCAGGCCACGGUGCUGGAAAACGUGCCCCUGGGACACUCAGUGCUGCACAUCCAGGCAGUGGAUGCGGACGCGGGGGAGAACGCCCGGCUGCACUAUCGCCUGGUCGACACGGGCUCAGCGGCCCUGGGGGGUGGCGGUGCUGGGCCCGAGGACCCCGACUCCACCCUGGACUUCCCCUUCCAGAUCCACAACAGCUCGGGCUGGAUCACGGUGUGUGCAGAGCUGGACCGGGAGGAGGUGGAACACUAUAGCUUUGGGGUGGAGGCGGUGGACCACGGCUCACCACCCAUGAGCUCCUCGGCCAGCGUGUCCAUCACGGUCCUAGACGUGAAUGACAACGACCCGGUGUUCACCCAGCCGCUGUACGAGCUGCGUCUCAAUGAAGACGCAGCCGUGGGGAGCAGCGUGCUGACGCUGCGGGCCCGUGACCGGGACGCCAACAGCGUGAUCACGUACCAGCUCACCGGGGGCAACACUCGGAACCGCUUUGCACUCAGCAGCCAGAGCGGCGGAGGCCUGAUCACGCUGGCGCUGCCCCUGGACUACAAGCAGGAGCGGCAGUAUGUUCUGGCUGUGACUGCGUCGGAUGGCACGCGUUCACACACUGUGCAGGUCUUUAUCAACGUCACCGAUGCCAACACCCACCGGCCGGUCUUCCAGAGCUCUCACUACACCGUCAGUGUCAGCGAGGACCGGCCCGUGGGCACCUCUAUUGCCACCAUCAGUGCCACCGAUGAGGACACGGGCGAGAAUGCCCGGAUAACCUACGUGCUGGAGGACCCUGUGCCGCAGUUCCGCAUUGACCCGGACACGGGCACCAUCUACACAAUGACAGAGCUGGACUACGAGGAUCAGGCUGCCUACACGCUGGCCAUCACGGCCCGGGACAAUGGCAUCCCUCAGAAAUCGGACACCACCUCCCUGGAGAUCCUUAUCCUGGAUGCCAACGACAAUGUGCCCAGGUUCCUGCGGGAUUUCUACCAGGGUUCUGUCUUUGAGGAUGCUCCCCCAUCCACCAGUGUCCUCCAGAUCUCUGCCACAGACAGGGACUCGGGCCCCAAUGGCCGUCUGCUGUACACCUUCCAGGGUGGGGACGAUGGUGAUGGGGACUUCUACAUUGAACCCACUUCUGGCGUGAUCCGCACCCAGCGCCGGCUAGACCGGGAGAACGUGGCCGUGUACAACCUUCGGGCGCUGGCUGUGGAUCGGGGCAGCCCAGCUGCCCUCAGUGCCUCAGUGGAGAUCCAGGUGAUGGUCUUGGACAUCAACGACAACCCGCCUGUGUUUGAGAGGGACGAGCUGGAGUUGUUUGUGGAAGAGAACAGCCCGGUGGGGUCAGUGGUGGCGAAGAUUCGUGCCAACGACCCUGACGAGGGCCCCAACGCCCAGAUCAUGUAUCAGAUAGUGGAGGGCAAUGUGCCCGAGGUCUUCCAGCUGGACCUGCUGAGCGGGGACCUUCGCGCCCUGGCCGAGCUGGACUUUGAGGUGCGCAGGGACUAUAUGCUGGUGGUCCAGGCGACAUCGGCGCCGCUGGUGAGCCGGGCCACCGUGCGCAUCCACCUGCUGGACCAGAAUGACAACCCGCCCGAGCUGCCGGACUUUCAGAUUCUCUUCAACAACUAUGUCACCAACAAGUCCAACAGCUUCCCGAGCGGCGUGAUCGGGCGCAUCCCGGCCCACGACCCCGACCUCUCGGACAGCCUCAACUACACCUUCCUGCGGGGCAACGAGCUGCAUCUGCUGCUGCUGGACUCGGCCACAGGCGAGCUGCAGCUGAGCCGGGACCUGGACAACAACCGGCCGCUGGAGGCGCUCAUGGAGGUGUCUGUGUCUGACGGCGUCCACAGCGUCACGGCCCUGUGCACCCUGCGUGUCACCAUCAUCACGGACGACAUGCUGACCAACAGCAUCACCGUCCGCCUGGAGAACAUGUCUCAGGAGAGGUUCCUCUCCCCGCUGCUGUCGCUGUUCGUGGAAGGGGUGGCCACCGUGCUGUCCACGGCCAAGGACGACAUCUUCGUCUUCAACAUCCAGAACGACACGGACGUCAGCUCCAACAUCCUGAACGUGACCUUCUCGGCGCUGCUGCCGGGCGGCGUGCGCGGCCGCUUCUUCCCGUCCGAGGACCUGCAGGAGCAGAUCUACCUGAACCGCACGCUGCUCACCACCAUCUCCGCCCAGCGCGUGCUGCCCUUCGACGACAACAUCUGCCUGCGCGAGCCCUGCGAGAACUACAUGAAGUGCGUGUCGGUGCUGCGGUUCGACUCCUCCGCGCCCUUCAUCAGCUCCACCACCGUGCUCUUCCGGCCCAUCCACCCCAUCACCGGCCUGCGCUGCCGCUGCCCGCCCGGCUUCACCGGCGACUACUGCGAGACCGAGAUCGACCUCUGCUACUCCAGCCCCUGCGGCCCCAAUGGCCGCUGCCGCAGCCGCGAGGGUGGCUACACCUGCGAGUGCCUGGAGGACUUCACGGGGGAGCACUGCCAGGUGAACGCCCGCUCCGGCCGCUGUGCCAACGGCGUGUGUAAGAACGGAGGCACCUGCGUGAACCUGCUCAUCGGCGGCUUCCACUGCGUGUGCCCCCCGGGCGAGUUCGAGCGGCCCUACUGCGAGGUCAGCACGCGCAGCUUCCCGCCCGAGUCCUUCGUCACCUUCCGCGGCCUGCGCCAGCGCUUCCACUUCACCGUCUCGCUGGCGUUCGCCACGCAGGAGCGGGACGCGCUGCUGCUCUACAACGGCCGCUUCAACGAGAAGCACGACUUCAUCGCGCUGGAGGUCGUGGGCGAGCAGGUGCAGCUCACCUUCUCGGCAGGUGAGACCACGACCACCGUGACACCGCAGGUCCCCGGGGGCGUGAGUGACGGGCGCUGGCACUCGGUGCAGGUCCAGUACUACAACAAGCCCAACAUCGGCCGCCUGGGGCUGCCCCACGGGCCGUCCGGGGAGAAGGUGGCAGUGGUGACCGUGGAUGACUGUGACACCGCCGUGGCCGUGCACUUCGGCAGCUACGUCGGGAACUACAGCUGCGCUGCCCAGGGCACCCAGAGCGGCUCCAAGAAGUCCCUGGACCUGACGGGGCCCCUGCUCCUAGGCGGCGUCCCCAACCUGCCGGAGGACUUCCCCGUGCGCAACCGGCAGUUUGUGGGCUGCAUGCGCAACCUGUCCAUAGACGGCCAGAGCGUGGAUAUGGCCGGGUUCAUCGCCAACAACGGCACCAGGGCAGGCUGCGCCGCCCAGAGGAACUUCUGUGAGGCUGCCGUGUGCCAGCACGGGGGCACCUGUGUGAACCGCUGGAGCACCUACCUGUGCCGCUGCCCGCUGCGCUUCGGCGGGAAGAACUGCGAGCAAGUCAUGCCCCACCCCCAGCGCUUCAGCGGUGAGAGCAUCGUGUCCUGGAGUGACCUGGACAUCACCAUCUCCGUGCCCUGGUACCUGGGGCUCAUGUUCCGGACCCGGAAGGAAGAGGGAGUGCUCAUGGAGGCCACCGCUGGGGUGUCGUCCAGGCUGCAUCUCCAGAUCCUGGACAGCUACGUGCAGUUCGAGGUGUCUCACGGCCCCUCGGAGGUGGCGUCCAUGCAGCUGUCCAGGUCCCGCGUGACUGACGGCGAGUGGCACCACCUGUUGAUAGAGCUGAGGAGCGCCAAAGAAGGCAAGGACAUCAAGUACCUGGCGGUCAUGACCCUGGACUACGGGAUGGACCAGAACACGGUGCAGAUCGGGAACCAGCUUCCGGGGUUGAAAAUGCGGAGCGUGGUCAUCGGGGGCUUGUCUGAGGACACGGUGUCGGUGCGCCGUGGGUUCCGGGGCUGCAUGCAGGGAGUGAGGAUGGGGGAGACGUCCACCAACAUCGCCACGCUGAGCAUGAAGGGCGCCCUCAAGCUCAGGGUGAAGGAUGGCUGCGACUCGGAGGACCCCUGCGCCUCUAGCCCCUGCCCGCAGCACAGCCGCUGCCGUGACACCUGGGACGGCUACUCCUGUGACUGUGACAGAGGGUUCUUCGGACGCAAGUGCGUGGACGCCUGCCAGGUGAAUCCGUGCAAGCACCUGGCCACCUGUGAGCAUGCUCCCAGCUCCCCACGCGGCUACGUGUGCAAGUGCGAGGCCGGGCACUACGGCCAGUACUGUGAGAACAGAAUCGACCUUCCCUGCCCCAAGGGCUGGUGGGGGAACCCCGUGUGCGGUCCCUGUCACUGCGCUGUCAGCCAGGGCUUCGAUCCCGACUGCAACAAGACCAACGGCCAGUGCCAGUGCAAGGAGAACUACUACAAGCCCCCUGCCCAGGACGCCUGCCUGCCCUGCGACUGCUUCCCCCACGGUGCCCACAGCCGCGCGUGUGACACGGACACCGGGCAGUGCGCGUGCAAGCCCGGCGUUAUCGGCCGCCAGUGCAACCGCUGUGACAACCCUUUUGCUGAGGUCACCUCGCUUGGCUGUGAAGUGAUCUACAACGGAUGUCCUCGAGCGUUUGAGGCUGGCAUCUGGUGGCCGCAGACCAAGUUCGGGCAGCCGGCAGCGGUGCCGUGCCCCAAGGGAUCCGUGGGAAACGCCAUUCGGCACUGCAGCGGGGAGAAGGGCUGGCUGCCCCCGGACCUCUUCAACUGCACCAGCGGCUCCUUCGUUGGCCUCAAAGUCACGAAUGAGAAGCUGGCCCGCAAUGAGUCGCGGAUGGAUGGCGACCAGGCCCUGCGGCUGGCCAAGGCCCUGCGCAACGCCACGCGGCUGGGUGGCGUGCUCUUCGGGAACGACGUGCGCACGGCCUACCAGCUGCUGGCCCGCGUCCUGCAGCACGAGAGCCACCAGCAGGGCUUCGACCUGGCGGCCACGCGCGACGCCGACUUCCACGAGGAUGUCGUCCACACGGGCAGCGCCCUCCUGGCCCCAGACACCAGGGCCGCGUGGGAGCAGAUCCAGCGCAGUGAGGCUGGCGCGGCGCAGCUGCUGAGGCGCUUUGAGGCCUACUUCAGCAACGUGGCGCGCAACCUGCGGAGGACCUACCUGCGGCCCUUCGUCCUCGUCACUGCCAACAUGAUUCUCGCAGUAGACAUCUUCGACAAGUUCAACUUCACGGGCGCCAGGGUGCCGCGCUUCGAGGACAUUCAGGACGAGUUCCCCAGGGAGCUGGAGUCCUCCGUGUCCUUCCCCGCUGACGUCUUCAAACCACCGGAGAAAAAAGACGGCCUCCGAAGGGCCACACAGACCGCGCGCUCGUCGCCUGGGGCUGAGACUGGGCCCCCAGUGGGCAGGCGCAGGAGACACCCGGACGACCCCGGUCAGUUCGCAGUCGCCUUGGUCAUCGUGUACCGGACCCUGGGCCAGCUCCUGCCUGAGCACUAUGACCCUGACCGCCGCAGCCUCCGGCUGCCCAGCCGGCCCGUCAUUAACACGCCAGUGGUGAGCGCCGUGGUGCACAGCGAGGGGGCCCCGCUCCCCGGCUCUCUGGAGCGGCCGGUGCUGGUGGAGUUCGCCCUGCUGGAGACAGAGGAGCGGAGCAAGCCUGUCUGCGUGUUCUGGAACCACUCGCUGGACAUCGCAGGGGCCGGAGGGUGGUCAGCCAAGGGCUGCGAGCUUGUGUCCCGGAACCGGACCCACGUCACCUGCCAGUGCAGCCACGUGACCAGCUGCGCGGUGCUCAUGGACAUCUCGAGGCGCGAGCACGGGGAGGUCCUGCCCCUGAAGAUCAUCACCUGUGCCGCCAUCGCCCUGUCCCUGGCGGCCCUGCUGGUGGCCUUCGUCCUGCUCAGCCUGGCCCGGAUGCUGCACUCCAACCUGCACAGCAUCCACAGGAACCUCACGGCGGCGCUCUUCUCCUCCCAGCUGGUCUUCGUGGUUGGCAUCAGCCAGACAGAGAACCCGUUCCUCUGCACGGUGGUUGCCAUCCUGCUGCACUACACCUACAUGAGCACCUUCGCCUGGACCCUAGUGGAGAACCUGCACGUCUACCGCAUGCUGACCGAGGUGCGCAACAUCGACGCUGGGCCCAUGAGGUUCUACUAUGUUGUGGGCUGGGGUAUCCCGGCCAUUGUCACAGGGCUAGCCGUUGGCCUGGACCCCCAGGGCUACGGGAAUCCCGACUUCUGCUGGUUGUCACUCCACGACUCUCUCAUCUGGAGCUUCGCCGGGCCCAUCGGAGCUGUUAUCCUUAUCAACACAGUCAUUUUUGUCCUGUCUGUGAAGGUUUCCUGCCAGAGAAAGCACCGCUACUAUGAGAGAAAGGGGGUCCGCGCCCUGCUGAGGACGGCCUUCCUCCUGCUGCUGCUCAUCAGCGCCACCUGGCUGCUGGGGCUGCUGGCUGUCAACAGCGACACGCUCAGCCUUCACUACCUCUUCGCUGCCUUCAGCUGCAUGCAGGGCCUCUUUGUCCUGCUGUCCCACUGCGUGCUCAACAGGGAGGUCCGGAAGCACCUGCGGGCCCUGCUGGCUGGGAAGAAGCCACACCUGGAUGAGUCGGCCACCACGAGGGCCACCCUGCUGACGCGCUCCCUCAACUGCAACAACACGUACAGCGAGGGGCCCGACAUGCUGCGCACUGCGCUGGGCGAGUCCACCGCCUCACUGGACAGCACCACCAGGGACGAAGGGGUGCAGAAGCUCAGCGUGUCCUCAGGGCCGGCACGCGGCGGCCACGGCGAGCCAGAUUCAUCUUACAUCCCCAGGAACUCCAAGAAACCCCACGGCCCCGAUUCGGACUCGGACAGUGAGAUGUCACUGGACGAGCACAGCAGCUCCUACGCCUCCUCCCACUCAUCCGACAGUGAGGAUGAUGGCGGGGACGCUGAGGACAAGUGGGACCCAGCCCGAGCCCCUGUCCAUAGCACCCCCAAAGCCGACGCCCUGGCCAACCACAUCCCGGCCAGCUGGCCUGAUGAGAGCCUGGCGGGGAGCGACAGCGAGGACCCCGGCCCCGAGCCCCCGCUGCGGGUGGAGACCAAGGUCAGCGUGGAGCUGCACCAGCAGGAGCAGGGCAACCACUGUGGUGAUGGCCCUGUGGACCCCACCAGGCCUGCGCCUGUGCUCGGCCCGCCGCCCGAGCAGAGGAAAGGCAUCUUGAAAAACAAGGUCACCUACCCGCCGCCGCUGCCUGAGCAGCCGCUCAAGUGCCGGCUGCGGGAGAAGCUGGCCAACUGCGAGCACAGCCCCGCAUCCUCGCGUACGUCCUCCCUGGGCUCUGGCGACGGCGUCCGCACCCCCGACUGUGUCAUCACCAUCAAGAGCCCACGCAGGGAGCCGGGCCGUGAGCACAACGGGGUGGCCAUGAGCGUGUGCGUGGGCAGCGCCCAGGCUGAGGGCUCCGACUCCGAAGGCAGUAACGAAACUUCAAUUUGAACCAUCAGGAAACCGUGAGGCCAGCUGUCACCCACACAGGCCACCGGGCCAGCGCCCUGGGACCAUGGAGCCCGAGGGGCCGCUGCCUGCAGAGCGAAGCAGAGCCCACGUGGCAGUUCCACAGCAGAUCGCCCACACACAAAGCUUUUGGCCCUUCGGGAGGCCAGGGCUGGUCAGUCCGUGACAAGUGCCAAAGCCACAGGCAGCCUCAAGGGAGACAUGGACUCCGGGCCAGCGCAGCUCAGUGCGGACUGCAGACAGAACCAAAGCCACACCUCUGGCCUUACUUCGAGGGGACCAGUGCAAGAGCUGGCCAAGCCUGGGCUGGCCUUGCCUUGCCUUGUGCAGGCAGGAGAGCGACCACGCCACUCAGCUCACCAGGACUCAGAGACGCUGGACACAGGAGGGACCUGGCCACUCCUGCGACACCAGGCUGUGGCCAGCGCCUGGACUGCCCUUGCAAAGGCAUACUUGUCCCAAACCAGCCUGCCGUGCUGAAAGGUGUGAGUGCGUCUGGCUGCUCUCCCUGUGGACAGCCUGCAUUUGGACUGACUUGGGUCUGGCAGGUCUGUGAAGUCUUCCGCUACUCUGUGUACGCAAGAUUGACUGCACGGCUGUACUUGAACCCAGGAUGCACUGACGUGGCCUGUGUCCCAGUAGGGUAGCGGUGGGGAGGACUUUGGCAGUGAGGUCAAAAGCGAGUCCUUCAAACUCCCUGUGGCUUUUAGCCGGUGAGCAGGGAAGCGUGGGCAACCCCGCCGCCCUAGCCCAGAACACAUGCUCUGAGCAAGUGUACUCUCAGUGCCCAUCCGCCCCAGGGGAGCGGGUUCAGGCUUGGGCAUCUGGAACCAGGCAGGUCAGCAGGUCACUUUUGAUGCGGUGCCACCCCUACCCACCCUGGCGGUGGGCCCACGCCAGGCCCAAGGGGGCCCACUGGAGCCCUGCCCAGUAGCUCAGUACCACAGGUAGCUGUUCCUUUGUCCCCUUCCGCUCCUAGGGGAGGCUUAGAGCAUUCACAUGUUCCCAAUCCAGACGGAGCCACAAGGUCUUCCAGGAUGUCACAUUCCUUCCUGCCAAUUUUCUAGCUCCUUUAGACUCCGCGCCUCCCUGAGCAGGCUGGGGUCCCCACCCCCAAAGUCUACCAAUGACAUCAUUUUGCUUCAAAUGCCCAAUUGUGCAGAGGGACAAAGCCACAGCCGCACGUUCAAUGCGUGUGGAGCUGUUUUUGGAAACUCAUACGGAGACGGCUGUGGCACAGGCACCGCAGGGCCCGAGGCUGUGGGACGGCGCGAGUGAGCCAGACACUUGAUUCCAGCUUUGCCUUUGUUCUUCAGAUCAGGUGCCCAGACAUGCAGUCUCACAGCUGCUCCCAAACAGGAGAGAGCGCACAGUAACAGAAUGGAGGGAAACGCGCUCGUCCCCGCGCUGGGGAAGUCUAGGCUGAGGAAAAUGUGGGCACUGCUAAGGAGUGACUGUUUGAGGGAGGACAGCUGGCCCGGGCCAGGCUGCCCAGAGCAGGGGCCCGGCUCGGACGGGCGAGCCCAUCGAGGAAGGUGUGCCACUCAGGAGGCAGCUGUACCCCGGGUCUCAGCACCUGCUCUCCUGUCCACCCGCCUCGCAGAGUCUCAGACCUGGGGGUACAGCUUUUUAAAUCUGACCAACCCUUCCACCAAAACAAGAACAAUCGUUAGUUUUAAGACAGGAAAAAUGUAAACCUAUUUUUAUGACGAAAGACUUUAUGGGGAAGAUUAAACACUGGAGGUUUUUAACAAAUGUGUAUUUAUUAUGCGCAGAACACUGGAAUGGCAACACAGAUGGGAAGAGCCUACAAUAAAUUAAGAUUUUGAAUUUGUA